AUGGUGUUCAUAACUAUAUCUGAUGAUAGCAAGAUAAUAACGAGCCUAGACGUACAUGAAGAUACUGAAAUGUUCACAAUUAUGAACAUAAUUGAGAAUGAUUUUUCUCUUAAUAUGAAUCAAAAUGAAUUGACAUAUAAUGGAAAUUCUUUAAAUAAGUUUGACACAAUAAAAAAAUUGAACAUAAAUGAAGGCGAUUUGUUAUUUGUUCGAAAGAAGUUGAGUCUUGAUUUGAUAAGCAAUGGGCCAAAUACCAUUGAAGGGAUAGGUGCAAACAAUAAUAAUAGUAGUAAUACUCCAAAUAGUUCCGUCAAUCCAAACCAAUCUAACAACACCAAUAUUAUGAAUAACCCAACAUUUAACGCCUUACUAGAACAGUUUCGAAUUUUUCAAGAAAACGAAUACAUAAAAAAGGAAACGGGAUUGUUGUUGGACUUAAAAAAAGAUAAGAAUAAAAUGAGUAUUCUACAAUUACAAGAUAAGACUUUAUAUGAUGCUAUAAAUAGUGAAAAUGUAGAAGAGAUUAAAAAAAUAGUGAAAGAAAAAUAUGAACAAGAAAAAAAAGAAAAAGAAAGAGAACAACAAAUGUAUGAAAAAGCAUUAAAAAAUCCUUUAUCAGAAGAUUCUCAAAAAUAUAUAUAUGAAAAUAUUUAUAAAAAUCAGAUUAAUUCAAAUUUAGCAUUAGCUCAAGAACAUUUUCCUGAAGCUUUUGGAGUAGUCUAUAUGCUAUAUAUACCAGUUGAAAUAAAUAAAAAUGUUGUUCAUGCUUUUGUGGAUUCUGGUGCUCAAUCAAGUAUAAUGUCCAAAAAAUGUGCAGAAAAAUGUAAUAUUUUGAGAUUAAUGGAUAAAAGAUUUACAGGUAUAGCUAAAGGGGUUGGCACAAAAUCUAUCCUAGGUAAAAUACACAUGGUUGAUAUUAAAAUUGGAAAUUAUUUUUAUGCUGUUUCUUUAACUAUUAUUGAUGAAUAUGAUAUUGAUUUUAUAUUUGGAUUAGAUUUAUUAAAAAGACAUCAGUGCCAAAUAGAUUUGAAGAAAAAUGCCUUAAUUAUUGAUAACAAUGAAAUCCCCUUCUUAUCUGAAAAAGAUAUUAUUGCAAGGUCAUCUUAA